AUGACGUGUGACACCCCAUGCGGGCAGCAAACUGACCAGGUGAACCUCACGGUCCAGCAACGGGAUCCCCCACCCCACUCGCCGGGAAAUCUACCCCGGCUCGGUGGCUUCAACAAGUUCCAGGCGGAGUACGCGGAGCACUGCGAGACCAACGUGGACAGCUCGUCCCCGCCUAGCGGCUCCCCGCCCACCUCGGUGCUGGGCCUGGGCGGCCUGCGCAUCAGCUCCGACUGCUCCGAUGGCGAGUCCGACAGAGAACUGCCCAGCAGUGCCACCGAGUCGGAGGGCAGCCCAGUGCCGUCCAGCCAGCCGGCCUUCCCCGUCCAGAUCCUGCCCUACCUCUACCUCGGCUGUGCCAAGGACUCCACCAACCUGGACGUGCUGGGCAAAUACGGCAUCAAGUACAUCCUCAACGUCACGCCCAACCUGCCCAACGCCUUCGAGCAUGGCGGCGAGUUCACCUACAAGCAGAUCCCCAUCUCCGACCACUGGAGCCAGAACCUCUCCCAGUUCUUCCCCGAGGCCAUCAGCUUCAUUGAUGAGGCCCGCUCCAAGAAGUGCGGGGUCCUGGUGCACUGCCUGGCCGGCAUCAGCCGCUCGGUGACGGUGACCGUGGCCUACCUGAUGCAGAAGAUGAGCCUCUCGCUGAACGACGCGUACGACUUCGUCAAGAGGAAGAAGGCCAACAUCUCGCCCAACUUCAACUUCAUGGGGCAGCUGCUGGACUUCGAGCGGACGCUGGCGCUGAGCGACCCCUGCGACAACCGCACUCCGGGCGGGCAGCUCUACUUCUCCACGCCCACCAGCCACCACCUCUUCCCGCUCAACAGGCUGGAGUCCACGUGAGGCGCCCUGACCGGGCAGGAAGCCCAGCCUGCUCCCUGUGGCCGGGACCCUGCAGACAUCUCCUGUGCCCGGCAGUGCAGGCCGGCCUGGGGCGAUUGUUCCUCGCCAUCUAGCGCCUGGUGGGCAGAGCCCGAGGCGGGCCAGGCCUCCCCUGCAGGACUCUCCCGGAGACACGGGGCUCUGGGGGUCCCAGCAGGCCUCGUCCUUCCCACGGACGCCCCUUUCUGCUGAAGGCCAGGCCAGGCCCACCUGGACGUUUUUAAAAGACACCCAUGGACCCGAGUUUACUCUUCACCCAGCAGGUAAAUCCAAGCUCCCUGGAGCAGUGUUCGAGCUCUUCUGAUUUUCCUCCCUUCCUUCAUCUUUUUAACAAAAAGUGUUAUUUCCAGGCAACACCCAACAGUGGAUUGUAUAAACCAGUAUUUCAUCCCUCGAUCCUGAGAGAGAGAGAGAGAGAGAGAGAGAGAGGUGUUCUCAUAUUGCUGUUUACUAUUUUAAAGAGUAAUUACUGGUGGUUUUCUGUGUUUGUCUUUCAUGUUAAAGGCAAAAACCACGCGCUGAUCUUGUCUUGACCAAAUGCGUUUUGCACGUAUGUGAAGCCCCCGUUUCUGCAGCGGGCUCUUCUGGAAGGGGCGCUCACUGCUCCCCAGGCAUCGGACUCCAGGAUUUCCCGCUGCCCCCCACCCUCAGCCCAGCCCACCAGGCGCUGCA